CCUGGCGUUCCUCCUCUUCUUUCCUCCUUUCCCCCACCCCCGUUUGGAUUGUGAGGAAUCGCCUAAAUUGGAUAUCAAAUCGCUGCAAGAACGGAUCUUUGUAUAAUUUUACUGUUCUUCUCCUUGAUCCCUGAAAGCCGUCAGAUUUUGCCGAGGCGAGAAGCUGAUCCCGAUCGGUAUUUCGUUGCCCAAUGGGGAACGCCGGGAGCAGCGGCAACGGCGGAGGCGGCGACGGCGCCGGGGUUGGUAGUGUUCGGCGGAGGAACUCCGGCCGUCACCAUCAUCACCACCACCAUCCGCUCCCUUUCGGCCCUUCGCCUGCUCCACAACCGCCGCAGCCGCAGCAGCCGCCGGAGGCGUCCGCCAACCGCUACGUGUUCGCCGCCGUGACGCCUUACCCGCCGCAGUACCCCGGCCCUAACCCCCCUCAGUACUACCAGUACGGGUACUAUCCACCGCCGCCACCGGCGAUGCCGGUGCCCCCUUUUGCGUCAUUCGAUCACCACCACCGCGGCGGCGGAGGCGUCGGGCCCAAUGGAGAGUAUCCGACCCACCACCCGGGGUGGGUGGGCGGCGGGAGGUAUCCGCCAUACGGCCCCCCUCCUCCUCCGCUUACGUACGUUGAGCACCAGAAGGCCGUCACCAUCAGGAACGACAUUAAUAUCAAGAAGGAGACUCUCAGGGUCGAGCCCGAUGAGCAGAACGCUGGUCGAUUCCUUGUGGCCUUCACGUUCGAUGCCACCGUUGCAGGAAGCAUCACUGUGUUCUUCUUUGCAAAAGAAGGUACAGAUUGUGACGUGACUGCAACAAAGGAGGACUUGCUUGCACCGGUCACAGUAUCUUUCAAGGAAGGUUUGGGUCAGAGGUUCAGGCAACCAUCUGGGACAGGAAUUGACUUCUCAAUUUUUGAUGAGGCCGAGUUGAUGAAAGGGGGAGAACUGGGUAUGUAUCCCCUUGCUGUAAAAGCAGAAGCUUCUCUGUCUAGUAAUCAAGGGCCAGUUGGUGAGAACCAGAAAUUAGAAAUUCCGAACUCACAAAUUACCCAGGCUGUGUUUGAGAAGAAAGAGAACUGUGAGUAUAAUGUUCGUGUGGUGAAGCAGAUCUUGUGGGUGAACCAAACCAGGUAUGAACUGCAGGAGAUUUAUGGCAUAGGGAACUCGGUUGAUAAUGACACUGAUGGGAAUGACCCAGGAAAAGAAUGUGUGAUUUGUCUUUCGGAACCACGUGAUACCACUGUCCUCCCUUGCAGACACAUGUGCAUGUGCAGCAACUGCGCAAAGGUUCUCAGGUUCCAGACAAACCGAUGCCCGAUAUGCAGGCAGCCGGUAGAGCGGCUACUGGAGAUCAAGGUUAACAACACAGCGGAGCAGCAACAAGAGCCACAAUGCUGAUCUAGUCAAUGUGUGAUGAUGCCCCGUGGAAGUUGAAUCAGUAGAUGGUGUGGCCAUUUAGUUGGAUGCAUGGUUUUGUGAGUAUAAAAAGGACUGUAAGGAUUGACAAUAAUAUGUUGUUGUUUGGAAGAGCAAACCAGAUGUAUAUUCUUGAUAUCUGCUAGCUUGAUUGUGGUGCCUCUGUUAGAACACCAUGUGUCAGACUCAAGUACAUAUUUGUUCCAAUCUAUUCUUCUAUAGUAGCUUGCAUGUUUUGGUGCA